GUUUUUUUUUUGUCAGGGGUUAUCACGGCGUGGGGCGUUAAGUAAGCGGGUCCUUCCGACAACCUCGCGCCUGGAGAGAGUCGCUGGGUCUGGGGCAGAGAGGCAAAUCCUCCUCGCUGCUCGCUGCUGCGCUCCGGACCUCCGGCGAGAAGUGGAGGGUGGUCUCCAGGAUGAAAGCGGGCGUUUUCUCCCCAAAUUCAGAUAUCCUGCGUUCAUAUGUGUGUUUAUCAGCUCGCAGCAAUGCUCAGUUGCUUUUAGGUUUGUGUCUAUUUUUCUAUUGUGUGCUGUGCUGGAGCCUGAAGUGGGCGUCGCUCCAGGACAAGACUGGGCUUUCGCUGGCUGCCCGCUUUUCUCUCGCAGGACUGCAGCACUUCUUCUCCGUUUUUGUGUAGGUCGACUGGUGCCUGAAUUAAGGGAGUAAUAGCUCGGUUUAGAUACUUGCUUUUGGUGAGACAUAUGAGGAGCACUAUGGGAGUGUUGCGGGCGUUGCACCGUGUGGGUUUAUCGGGCGGUGGUGGAGCCUGUCGCUGCAGAAAGCAACGCGCAAUUACAAAUGAAUGCAGAGUCGAGGCGACAUGAGGAUGGAUUAAAUAGGUUAGAAUAAGAACUAUUCUGCAAAAUAGGGUUGCGGCAUUUUUUUUUUUUUUGUCUCUUUUUUUGCAUGGCUUUAUUUCCUCUUCCCCAUGAGUCUGUUGUGUUUGUAACAUCAGAGAUUUCUUCCUCCCUCAGGGAUGAUUAUAGGGUUUUUUUUUGCCACCCGAUGCUCUCCUGACUGGAGUCGGGUGUUGCCCAUUAGAAGAAGGGUUUUUGAUUGAAUGCACGCCUCAGCCAAUCACAGCGCAGAGUGAAGUCCGGGUGGGCGGAUGGUUCUUCUGCAGAGCUGGAGAUAGUCCAGUGCAGAAACAAAGACAGGGUGGAGAUGUGACAGCUCCAUCAGUGGGGUGUGUUUGCUGUGUGACCUGCUUUUCAUAUUGAGGGUCUGUACCAUAAAACAUUUACCAGAAGCAGGUGAUAAGAUCAGAUGUACUUUUAAAAAAAAAAAAAAAAUACUUGCUCCCUCACACACUUUUUCUCUGCUUUUUAUUAGUCAACGUUUCGGUCAACAAGGACCUUCAUUAGGACAUUCAUUAUUAUUUUUAAUGUCCUUGAACCCCCAGUUAAUAAACACCCACGUCAGCACACAGUGUUCCUGUCGCUCUAACUGGGCUUCGGUCUUUAGGGCUGAGCAGGAAGUGCCUGACUGUGUGGACCCUGGACGAGAAUAAAAAAGAAAAAGAGCACCGAAAAAAAAGGCUAAAGAGAAAUUAAAAAAAAAAUGGAAAUGGUGGCAGACUUGGGGGCGAGUAGACUCUAUCGGGCGCCGGGUGAAUCAAGUCACCGGCAGCCCCAGAGGUGGUUCAACACCGCUGACAUCACAGUGGCUCACCAAAGCAGCCUGCUGAAGCAGCUCAACCAGCAGCGCCGCCAGGAGCUUUUCUGUGACUGCAGCGUGCUGGUGGAGGGCCAGCUCUUCAGGGCCCACCGCAACGUUCUGUUCGCCAGCAGCGGCUACUUCCGCAUGCUGCUGUCCCAGGGGCCUGACGGGCUGUCCGACUCUGUCAACGCCACCUUUGAUGUCUUCAGCCCCGAGACCUUCACCGUCAUCCUGGAUUUCAUCUACUCUGGCCAACUGGAGUUGGCCAGUCACAAUGUGAUCGAGGUGAUGUCUGCAGCCAGCUACUUGCAGAUGAACAAUGUCAUCAACUACUGCAAGAACUUCAUCAAAUCCUCUUUGGAAAUCAGUGUGAAAGAUGAAGACAGUGACCGCUGCCUUAGCUUGUCUGAGACCUGCAGUUUUACCAGUGGAGCAGGGGAAGAGAACUCAGAGCAGCAGCAGCAAGGCCCCAGCUCGGUCAGCCCACCACCGGCACUCUGGACCAGGGACAACUCCAGAUCCCAGACUGGCUUUAUGGGGAAAGACCCAGACCAGGAGUCAUCGGCCUCAACCCUGAAGACGAACCCAAGCAGCCCUGCUGAUGAUAUCAAGGCAGAGGCAGAGGACCUACAGGACCCUCAGGACCCUCUGUACAUCUUACCUGGAUCAGAGCGCCGGCGAAGUAAAGGGGGAACCAAGAGGAGAGCAUCCAACAGCAUUCGCUCCCACCAACCUGAUGACUUAGACCUUGAGGAGGCGAGGACAAAAAAGGCUGAAAAGGCAGAGGAGCUGUAUGCGACUCUACCACCCAUUGUGGGUGUUAUUGGACACUUUAAUAAAGACUCCAACCCCAUUAUGCGCUUCAAAUGUCCAUUUUGCACACACACGGUGAAGAGGAAGGCAGACCUGAAGCGCCACUUGCGCUGCCACACUGGAGAGAGGCCGUACCCAUGUCAGGCCUGCAAUAAGCGUUUCACUCGCCUGGAGCAUCUUCGUAGCCAUUUUGAGACAAUCCAUCAAGCCAGGAAGCUGGUGUGCAGGAAGUGUAAGUGUCAGGUGACAGAAGACACUGGGCAUGUGGUGUGUGAGGGCACACGGCGCUAUCGCAUGUGCACCGCGUGCAUCCAGGAAGUGGAUUGUGAUGACAUCCCCAUGGACAGUCUAGAUAGUGCCAAUGACGAGCCAGCCCUGUUAUUGGGGGUGGACGGAGAGGAGGAGGGGGACAGCAAGAGGAGCUGGAUGGUAACCGAUGACGAUGACCUGGCUGAAGACUCGGGGGCUGACCUCAUCAUCCAACAAGUGGACGACAGUGAUGAGGAGCUGCAGUGAAAUGGAACCAAAGUGUGUGUCUGCUAAAGCCAUGCAAGAGAAUUUAUGCAUAAAAUAUGUGAUCUACUUAUGUAAAUACAUACAUUAUUAUAUAUUAGUUGUCUAUUAGUUAAAUGCAACAAGGUUAAUCUGUACUUUCAAUGAGAUGUUGACCUUUGUGACAAAAUGGAAUGCUUUUUGUUGCUUCAUAAAGAUAUGCAGUAUCCAAAGCAUGCAUAUUCAGCGUUUCCUUUACUUCAAUUAUAGUUAAAUAAUAGCUCUUUCAAAGAUAUGUUUUAUUCAUAUGCAUGGGACAAUACGUUUGCUACUACUUUUUUGGGACUCUACUUUGAUAAAAGCUGACAUUUGAGGAAAACCCAAGGACAGAAUAAUGACUCUUGCUAUUUCCCGUCUCCCUGUAGGGAAAGUCCAGAGCAGACUUUUUCCCAAUGUCGCAGGGUUGCAGUUUUUUAUGAUUAUGUGUGAUUAUUAUAUGCAUUAUGAUAUAAAACCAAUUAUAAUUUA